GAAAGGCUUCAAGCUCGUCAUCCUGGACGAAGCCGACGCCAUGACCCAGGACGCCCAGAACGCCCUGAGGCGAGUGAUCGAGAAGUUCACGGAAAACACCCGCUUUUGCCUCAUCUGCAACUACCUCUCCAAGAUCAUUCCCGCCUUGCAAUCCCGCUGCACACGCUUCCGCUUCGGCCCCCUCACCCCCGAGCUGAUGGUGCCCCGGCUGGUGGAUGUGACCGAGGAUGGGAUGAAGGCUCUGGUGACGCUCUCGAGCGGUGACAUGCGCAGAGCCCUCAAUAUCUUGCAGAGCACCACCAUGGCCUUCGGGAAGGUGACGGAGGAGAACGUCUACACCUGCACGGGACACCCCCUCAAGUCGGACAUUGCCAACAUCCUCGACUGGAUGCUGAACCAGGACUUUUCCACCGCCUACCGCAGUAUUUUGGAGCUGAAGACGCUGAAGGGCUUGGCCCUGCAGGACAUCCUCACCGAGAUCCACCUCUUUGUGCACAGAG